UAUCUUCAGAAAGGAGAGACACAAUGUCUUAUCGCCUGCAUUUUAUCUGAUUUUGAUUGGGAAUUCAAGCUAUGUUUCUUAUUCUGUUGAAGACAUAGUGAAACCAGACAAAGGAUCUCAAGGUGUCAAACAAACCUGCAUAGUAGCUGAAGAAUAUCAUUGCCUACUUCUGUUAUUUUCCCCUAUUUCUUUCACAGAUUAAACAGGAUCUAACAUGUCCACUGAGGCACAAAGAGUUGAUGACAGUCCAAGCACUAGUGGAGGAAGUUCUGAUGGAGACCAACGUGAAAGUGUUCAGCAAGAACCAGAAAGAGAACAAGUUCAGCCCAAGAAAAAGGAAGGAAAAAUAUCCAGCAAAACAGCUGCUAAAUUGUCAACGAGUGCUAAAAGAAUUCAGAAGGAACUUGCAGAGAUUACAUUGGACCCUCCUCCCAACUGUAGAUGCCAGAAAUCCAGAACAGAGGGAUGCAGAGUGUAUGUCAUAGCCAGGAGUGCUGGACCCAAAGGAGACAACAUUUAUGAAUGGAGGUCAACUAUAUUGGGACCCCCAGGAUCUGUCUAUGAAGGAGGGGUGUUCUUUCUUGACAUUACCUUUUCACCAGACUAUCCGUUUAAACCCCCUAAGGUUACCUUCCGAACAAGAAUCUAUCACUGUAAUAUUAACAGCCAGGGUGUCAUCUGUCUGGAUAUCCUAAAGGACAACUGGAGUCCAGCCCUAACCAUUUCUAAAGUUCUCCUCUCCAUCUGCUCACUUCUUACAGAUUGCAACCCUGCUGACCCUCUGGUGGGCAGCAUUGCCACACAGUACAUGACCAACAGAGCAGAGCACGACCGGAUGGCCAGACAGUGGACCAAGCGGUAUGCCACAUAGGGGCCUGCUGCUUGCUGCCCCCGCCGGACCUGUGCAAGCACAUUCACCAAGUGCAUCAAUAGCCCUACCCACCCCUCCAGACCUCGGUUCUUAUUUUCUUAUUUUUAUUAAAUUUUGAACCUUUUUCUGAUGGUAUGUCAUCCAUCCCCCCACUCCCUUCCUUCUCCCUCCCUCUUCUUCCUCCUUUUCCUUGCCUCUUCCCUCCACCACCACCCCUUCUCAAUUUAUUCCCUUUCCUGAUUUCUAUUAACUUGAAAGAUUUGGGUUGGUUUUUUUUUUUUUCCCACCUCAACAUGGAUGGGAACUUUUGUUUUCAGUGCAAACGAUGUUGGAUCUGUAAUAGUAAGAGCUUUCUUACAAAGCUUUGUAUUACUGUGUGGUUUUGUUUUUUGUUGUUUGUUUUAUUUUGAUUUUUUUUCCUUUUAUGUGAUCUUUGGGAAAACACGAAUUCAGAAUUAUAUCUCAUUUCUACUUAAAUGUAGUGCUUAGGGUUAAUUUUUUGUACUGAAGUCUUUAUUGGUGGGUGCAUGCUACUGGGAACAAGUUUUUUGUACAAAAGCUUCAAUCAGAAUCACUGUGCAUUACUGAGACUCUGUUUAUCACUAGCCUUCUGUCCCCCACACAGAAGACUGUUGGAUUGAACAAAAUAAUAUGUAUUUUGAUUUACUUAAAGUGCUUGUAAAUUUCUUAGGGACCUGCCACUUUUGACUGUGGAUCAGUUGAUGUACACUUGUAUUAUUAAAGCACUCAAUAAAUCACUGUGGCUGAUAAAUGCA